GAGGCAGAAGAAGGAGAAGGCGGGCUCAAGAGCUGCACCAGGCUCAAGAGCUUGUUCGCUCGCUCGCUCUUUGUUGCUCGCCUGAAGUGGAAGUCGCAAUGGCCACCUUCACUAAGAUGGCGUCUGCGCGGCGUAUGCUGCAGGCCUCCUCAACUUCGACAGCUUCCGUCUCGCGCGAUUUUUCCUUGCAAUUCGUUCGCUCUCUCACGCGAGGAGGUGGAUUCAGGGAAGAGCGCGACACCUUCGGUCCCAUUCAAGUCCCCGAUGAUCGAUACUGGGGAGCUCAGACGCAGAGGUCUGUGCAAAACUUUGAGAUAGGCGAUGAAUCGGAGCGGAUGCCGAAACAACUUGUUGAGGCGCUUGGCAUUCUCAAGAAGGCUGCAGCCAUUGUGAACAUGGAAUAUGGUCUGGACAAGAAAUAUGGGGAAGCCAUCGUAAAAGCGGCUAGUGAAGUAGCUGAAGGAAAGUUGACCGACCAUUUUCCACUUGUUGUUUGGCAAACGGGCAGCGGCACUCAAACCAACAUGAACUCUAAUGAGGUGAUUGCAAAUCGUGCGGGUGAGAUUCUUGGCAUUCCCAUUGGCAGCAAAGGGGUCCAUCCCAACGACCACGUCAAUAUGAGUCAGUCUUCAAAUGACACCUUUCCUACGGCGAUGCAUAUUGCAGCUGCUAGAGAGGCCAGCAGUAGGCUGAUUCCUCAUUUGCGAGGUCUACAUGAAGCUCUGAUUCAAAAGCAAAAUGAGUUCAAUGACAUUGUGAAGAUUGGUCGCACACACACACAAGACGCUGUCCCAAUCACUCUCGGACAAGUUUUUAGUGCCUAUUGCACACAGGUACAAUAUGGAAUAAAUCGGAUAGAGAACACCCUUCCUCGCCUUUACCAGCUGGCGCAAGGUGGGACAGCUGUGGGAACUGGUCUCAACACGAAGAAAGGAUUUGAUACGAAAUUUGCAGCGCAAGUGGCGAAAGAGACAGGAUUGCCAUUCGUGACAGCACCUAACAAAUUUGAGGCAUUGGCAGCUCAUGACGCUAUUGUAGAAUGCAGUGGUGCGCUCAAUACUGUUGCUGUCUCUCUCAUGAAGAUUGCAAACGACAUUCGUUUAUUGGGAAGUGGACCUCGAUGUGGACUGCAUGAGUUGAUCCUACCGGAGAACGAACCUGGCAGCAGUAUAAUGCCUGGAAAAGUUAACCCUACACAGUGCGAAGCCUUAACAAUGGUCUGCUGUCAGGUUAUGGGUAAUCACACCACCAUCACAGUAGCAGGCGCUAACGGGCAUUUUGAAUUGAACGUUUAUAAGCCUGUCAUGAUCAACGCGUUACUUCAGUCAAUGGUGUUGCUUGGAGACGCUGCAGAGUCUUUCAGGAAGAAUUGUGUUGUGGGCAUUGAAGCUAACCGCAAUCAUAUUGAUAAUCUGAUGCGGAGGUCCCUGAUGCUUGUGACUGCGCUCAAUCCGAAAAUUGGUUAUGACAAGGCCGCAGCGUGCGCCAAGAAAGCUCACAAAGAAGGAACUACACUGAAGGAAGCCGCAAUGGAACUUGGCUACCUUACAUCUGAGGAAUUCGAUGAGUGGGUUGACCCAAAGAAAAUGCUGGGACCAUCUUAGACACAUCGUUUCUGCUCACUUCAACACAGAAAGUGCAUAUCCCAUUGUCUUCGAGGUGUCACGGCAAUGAAUUUUGCACGGCGGCAAUUGCAUCCCGUGCAACGUUGGAUUAGCUGCUUCUUCAGAUGCAGCUGCGGGGUUCUGUUAAAUAAAUCAUCCAUUUGGGUAGGUGGCCGAAUAUCGUGUAUGUUUCAAUUAUGAAAUUGAAACCUACAAUGAGGACCUGAUUGGUCGAGGUUUAUCCUACGUGAGGAAUUCUUCAUGAAUUUUUGGUGACUUCAAGUUAUUAAGUUUUGGUAUUCUUUUAUCAGAAUAAAUUGCUAGUUAAGCACGACCUUCGAAAGUUGAAAGACAACACUUUGAUCCCCAA